AUGGCUUUGACCAACACUCUUCGCAGAGCUGCUUCAAGAGUUGCUCCUUUGGCUGCUCGAGCUUUCCAAGGUGGAGCCCCAAUCUGUAACAAAUUCCACACCUCCUCCUCCUCCUCUGCCCUCUUCGCCGCCGUCAACUGCCGCAUCAGUCUUUCCGGCACUUUCUUCAAGUGCUCAUCCCCAUCGGCCCUUCGACACUUCUCUGCUCGUUCCUCUUCAGACCAGAACCUCAUCAAAGUACUUGAGGAUGAGAUUCGUUUCGCGGAAGAAUCCGACGAGAACCUCAAAAAUUCUGACGCGGUUGAGCAGAUCACGGACAAUUUUCCAUUCAAACUUGAAGACAACCCAGGACAGCAAACUGUUACCCUGAAGAGGGAGUAUCAGGGUGAACAAAUUAUCGUUGAAGUUCAUAUGCCUAGCGCUGUCACAGGGGAAUAUGACGAUGAGGAUAGGGAGGAUAGGGAUGAUGAUAACAACGGAGCGGAGCCUCACCAGCUUCCUCUUGUCGUUAGGAUAUCAAAGAAAGAUGGCCCUUGUUUGGAGUUUGGUUGUACAGCCGGAUCUGAUGAGAUAUUGAUCGAUAGCUUGUCUGUGAAGGACCCAAAUAGUCCCGAAGACCAAAUAGCCUAUGAAGGACCGGAUUUCAGCGACUUGGAUGAGAACUUGCAGAAGGCUUUCAAGAAGUACUUGGAGAUAAGGGGAGUCAAGCCUAGUACAACAAACUAUAUGCUUGAGUACAUGGUCAACAAAGACAGUAGGGAGUACCAUUUGUGGCUGAAGAAUCUCAAGAAAUUUGUAGAAGCAUAG